UUCGCUGCCCUUCCUUUCUUCCUCAUCGCUGCAUCCAACCAUGCCGCCCCGCGGUAGCGAAGGAUAUGAUUUCACUCCAAUCUUGACGCACUAUCUCUUCUUGUUUACAAGCAUUCUUGCCAUCGCAGGCUGGUUCACUGCUUUCAUCGGUCAAGCUGUCGCCUCAGCAAGAUUUGGCGCGCACAGGACCGUCGGCGUGCUAUGGUUCGCCAUCUUUUUGCAGCUGUUCCUCAUCCUAGGUGUACUACACACUCUUGCAAGCGAUUCCAUCGCUAUGCAUCGUUUUCAAAUCUCAGUAUUCGGCGCUAUUGCGACUGUUUUCGCAGUCUUUGGUGUUGACAUGGGCAUUUUUUCGGGCGAAAGCUCACUCGAUGCUAUGGGCGCAGGAUGGCUCAUCCUCGCAAUAGUCGACAUACUUUGGGUCCUUUACUUCACAUCCGAAGAGGACUCUCUGACUUUGCACAUCUUUAACUCAAUGGGUACGGGCGGUCUAUCACCGCCUAGUAGACGCCGACGCGGCGGUCGCGGACAAUCGAUGCACAUGGCGGGCAACGGCUACACAGGUAGCUACGCAGGCGGCGGAAUCGGACCGGGGGAUGUACCGUACGACACCAAGAUAGGCAGCGGCGUCGGCAUGGACAUGAACAUGAACGCACGUAGCAAUGGCAGUCUUGGUCCGACUGGUGGUGCAAGCAUUGGUGCUGCGACUAGGAGUUUGGGACCGACUGGAAGCAUUAGCGGCGUGCAGAGUACGGGAGUUCCUGAUACUGUUGGCGCAAGUUCGCCUUUGAUGGGGAGCGGUAAUGCCGGUGUUGGCGCUGGUGGUGGAAUGUCGAGCCCUGAGCCAUCUGCCGCCAUUGAUUCUGCUGUGGUGCCGGAAUUUCGGGCGAAGGCACUGUACGCUUAUAAAGCAUCCCCUGAUGACGCGAAUGAGAUUUCGUUCGACAAGAACGACAUUCUCGAAAUACUUGAUAAACAAGGGAAGUGGUGGCAAGCAAAGAAAGCAGAUGGGUCUGUCGGAAUUGCACCGUCGAAUUACCUACAGCUCAUAUGAUCAUGGGAAGCAUAUACUUUGCCGCACCGUACAUCUACUCACGGCUAAAUCAUGCCUUUAACGCUUCUCAUACCCCACGUUCACCCUUCUCUCGUUAACGUUUCUGUUCUCGUAUGUGUUUUUUUACAGUGAUGUACAGGAAGGAGUUCUCUGUCCAUUCUGUGGUGUUCUUUUCCUCUACUAAAUAUCGUAUUUUCUGCUUACCUUCUGUGUAUCAUGUCUACUAGUCCGGACAUACCACUUUUCCGUUUCCGCUCUGCAGAUUUUGCUUACUUCCUAGGCGCGGGCGCGCUUGAUUCUUGUGCAUCUCCUGGCCGAUUUCUGAGCGGACGCACUGACGUAGACGCCCAUAUUGCCUUUUCAGCACCCUUUGUCUGGGUAUACAUAAUAGCAAGAGCAACCUGUUUGUAUCUAUGCCAAUGAAAGAUUCUUCC